UUCGCCAUGGCUCCAACUACGAAACCCUAGAUGGACUAGGUUAGAUUACCCUUAGGUAGUUUCUUUCCAAAGCGCAUCGCAGUUGGCUUUUUCCCUUUUCCCUUUUCAGUAGGCCGCUAGUUACGAUUUCUGUUUAUGGUAUCGUCAGGCGUAGGUUAUUCUCGGUCAUCUAGGGUUCCAUGGAUGCGUGGGGGAGGUGAAGGGGGGCCUCAGGUCUCGUGCGUGCGAGAUGGAGUUGCAUCGGGGGGAGGGGUCCGCGGAGAUUUCGUCAGGCCGUUUCCAGGCGCCUCCCCUUGGCGUGCCUUGCUCGAGGCCCGUGUCGGUUUCGGACGUUUUGGCAGACGGCGGCCGGCUGUUUUUGAACGGUUCCCGAGGCGUCAUGGGAGCCUCGAUAUUACCGCAGAAGCGGCAUCUUGCCGGCCCGAAACAGAACGGAUGGUUCUCCGUUUCUGACGCUUCCGGAGCGACUCUGGCCUUCUCGGGUGUGGCCGCUAGGAGCGACUCGUCGUUUCCCAGCCGCAUUCGCAACGGCGCGCAUAACGGCAUGCAUAACGGAACGCAUAGCGGAGUAAUGCAUAACGGAGUACAUUCUGGCGAUCUCGCAGCAGCAGCGACGGCGUUAGGGUUGCAGCCGGUGGUUCUGUCGUGCAGCCGCGGCGCCGCCGAGCGAGCGAAUCGCCUGGCGUUUCAGGCGGGUGCUUCCGAUAGAGGGUCCGAUUCGUUGAAAGAACCCGAUUCGUCAAAAGGAACCGACUCGUUUCGCUGUAGCGUUCGAGCUGGCGAAGAUUCCUCCGGUGUUCAGAGCGUUCCUCAAGGUUCGGCCACGAAGGACGCACCCCCGAGUCUUGCGCUCUCUGGCCGUCUGCUCUCGCCGUCUCGCCACCGGCAGCGGUCGCAAAGGAUGCACAGAGAGGCGGUAGACCAGGCCGGGAGUAGAGAGGCGUUGAAGAACGAAGACGGACGGAAGGACGCUCAGAGUCGUAGUUGCUGUGGUCAUUUCAGGGAGUCGCACGAGGCACCUGAUAGAGUUUCGCAGGAGUCGCACGAGGAAUCGCAUGGGAAGUCGCGUAGGGAAUCGCGUGUCCCGCAUCUGGAGCGAGAGGCGAAGGAAGUCGAGACAAGAAACGAUUCUGUAGCACAUUCUGUCGUUACGGGUUGCGAAUCGGAACAGCGAAACGCGGCAGGCGAGGAUAGCUUGUUCCUGCGACGUCCGGAAUCCAAGCAGCAGCAGCAGCAGCAGCAUCAGCGGUUUCCGGAGCCGUCUUCCAGGGGCAGGCAGUUACCCGCAGCGGACGCACUGGCGAGGGACUUGUCGGCAGGGGCUCUGGGGGCUCUGCGGGCUGGUGACGUGGCCAGGGGCGAGCAUGGCCACUGUCUGUCCUUGUCCGUCGCAGAUCUCAAGUGCAAGGGAAGCCAAGGGAAUAUUCAAGGGCAAGAGGUUGCUGGAGCGCCAACAGAGCGACAGUCGAUUGCGAGCGCAGGGGCAGCUACAGAGCGGCGGACCACCUUUCACAGCAACUUGUUGCCGGAUCGCAGCUUACUACCGGAUCGCAGCUUACUACCGGAUCCUGCCGCGGCUGAAAAUUCCUCUCCAUCAGCAGCGGCGGUUCACGGCCUGGUCUUCAAUGCGAAAUUGGCCUCUUCGUCAGGCGAAUCUCGCGCUCGUAAUGACAGCUCCAGGCGAAUAGGGUUACCUCUCGUUGGCCACGCCCUGAUGGACUGCGGGAACUUUCUCUACCCGCCGCUCAAGAAGGCCAGAGCCACCAGGGACCCCAAGUUUCGCAAGCCAAGCGCGAACCGACUCCCAGGCCUGGCCGAACUUCCGUGCUGCACAGGCUCGGAACCGAACCUAUCGCUGAGCCUGUCCUUCCCGCAAGACUGCAGCUCCGAGCGUGAAUCGCCAUCUGCGACUCGUCCCCUGACCGCCCCUCUGGCUGAUAAGCACAACGGCUUAUCAGGGGAGACUCCGCGUGCCCUCCCCAGCACGCCUGUUCCACCCGCAACGCCGUCCUUCUCCCUUCUGGAAGGGCCAAGGACCGUCUCUCCUAUAACGCCCGAAGGGGGGGAAUCCUCCCUGGAGGACUCUGCGACGGCUGCCCGCCUGCGAGCCGUCUCAGCUGCUCGGGCAGCCGUAGAAGCACGCGCGUACGCCGUCAGAAAAGCGCGGGCAGCUUUGCGGGCAGCUGCAAGGGCGAAGGAAGCGGUAGAGGCGGCGAUUGACGCGGAGAAGCAAGAACGAGCAGGGCCGGCAGGGGCGACAGGAGCAGAAGGGAACCGUAGCUGUCCGGUCAAAUGCGUGAAUGGAUUUUACCAGGGCACUGAUGCCGGGGGGUUAGGGACGGAGGAGGGGCUGGAGGAAGGGCGGCGAGGUGCUGAUGUGUCAACAGGUGAUGGAAUGCGAUCCUGUGCGAUGUGGCGGCAGGCAGUGUCGGAGCUGGAAACGCGCUGUGAACGGCUUAUAGCGGGUACAGGCAUGCCAGCUGCUCAUAGCGAGAAAUGUCUGGGAGGCUUGACGGCAGGUGCGGAGGCAGAGGCAGGGGCGGAAGCUGAAUUGGGGCGGGGCGUUGAGACCACCGAGAAAGCUGUCUUUGGGAGCCACGGCUCUGGAAAGUGGUCCAUUGGGUCUCAGCCGGUUGGGCCUCAGCUGGUUGGGCCGCAGCUGGUUGGGCCGCAGCUGUCCGCGGACCACGAAGGGCUGCCCGGUCGCCACCUGUUUGAGCUCCAAAUGAGGCGGCCAGAUUUUGCUGAUUGUGGCUUGGCGCCAGCGGCAGUGAGGGGUGAGAAGGAGGUCGUGGGGGGGAGGAGGCGGAGGCGGAGCGAGUCCUUGGUCCGCGGGGAAGGGGCAGAAGGGAGCGCAGAUGAGGAGGCGGCGGAAGAAAACGGUUGCGAGUUGCCGCAGGCUGUGUCAGUGGAUCUUGUGAUGGGCCUGGGCUGCGGGUCCCCGGGGGGGGGGUUGAAAGGUGCGCGUGGAGCGGGCGAUGAUGCGAGAAAGGGGCGGGAGGAUGUGGAUAGGGCGAGAGCAGGAGGAGGAGGGGUUGUGAGGGGGGAGGGGUGGAGGGAAGAGGAGGGAACGGGUGAGAUGGAGGAGCUCUGCCUGCCGCCGGUUUCGUGCCAGAGCGAAAGGUACAAGCAGCCCAGACCACCCCCUGCGUCGUGUGACGCUGCACGUGCCAAGCAGGCCAGGCCACCUGCGAGGGAUGACAGCAAAGGGCACAGCGGCCACAGCCAUAGCCAGCCUGAACAUCUAGAUGGGGUUGCCGGCCGGCUCCACGACCCUUCUCCAGGGGACGGGUCUGCUGCUGUUGCCAAUGCUGCUGCAACGGGCGAACCCAGGGCAACGUGCAACCGCGGGGCGGCUUGUGUUUUGGAGGCAACUCUGGCUGGGGACCCCGGUGAGCAGAGGGGGAGGGUCUUGGAAGAGAAGCAGGUACCGGGGCAGGAAGCGUGGCUGGCGGAUGGGGCAGAGGCAGCGUCGGCUAGAGAGUGUGCAGGUGGGGAGUGUGUAGGUGGGGAGUGUGCGGAGGGUGCAGGCGUGGCGAGCAAGCCACGGGAGGCUAAGUCUUCUGGGUCUCACUGCGGUAAGGGAGUUAGUGGGGAGACGUGUGCGCUAGUGGCAGAGAGGCGAGGGACAGGGGAAGAGGUCCCUGCAGGCACGUCGACAGCAAGUGCAGCAGCAGGUGUGAGGAGCGGUGCAGCAGGUGUGAGGAGCGGUGCAGCAGGUGUGAGGAGCGGUGCAGCGGCAGGAGCGAAGGAUGUGGUAGGAGAGGAGCGAGGCGAAGCAAAAGAGGAGCUACGGCCGUGCACGUUGCCUUCUGGGGCCCCGAAUGCUGCUGUUGCUGCUGCGUCUGCUGUUGCUGCUGCUGCUGCUGCGUCUGCUGUCGCUGCUGUUCCUGCUGCGUCUGCUGUUGAUGCCACUGCUGCAGGACCUGCUGGCGCCGCUGCUGGUGCUGCUCCCACUCGGCCUGGUGUCACUGCCGCUGGUGUUACUGCCUCUGCCGCCGCUACCCCGUGUGUCACUCCCACCACCGUCACUGCGGAUGCUGCUUCCGCGGGCACUGACCCAACAUCGAGCCUGGCCGCCCCUGCUCGCCGCUGUCCUUCAGAGGACCAGAAGCUUCCAAGGCAUCUGCAUGGGGCCUUCAACAGCCCGCCUCAUGCCACUGCCACUGCCGCCACCGCCGCCACUGCCACUGCCGCCACUUCUCCACCUGUCACGACGCCUGGUGUGAAUUGCCCUGAUGUCACUGCCUCUGAUGGCGCCGCUGCUGCUGCCUCGUCAGACGGUGGGGCAGCGUUCAGCACGCCUGCUCCUCCUCCACCCUGCCCCUCGCACGACGAGAAGCCAGCCAGGCAAUUGCACCGGGCUUUCAACAGCCCGCCUGAUGCCACUGCUGCCACCACUGCCCCUGCUGCCACCACUGCCACUGCCACUCCCACUACUGCCACAAUCACCCCGGCGAACAAUGUUCAUACUCCUCGCCACCGCUGUCCCUCGGACGACGAGAGGCUAGCGCGGCAGCUGCACCGCGCCUUCAACAGUUCCCCCCGCAUCCUGGGAGUCAAGGCACCCACGCCCAAGCGCUCCCGCAACCACCGCCACCCCGCUGCUCAUCCCGCGCCUGCUGUGCUCUGGGCGCCUGGGAAGGGUGGGGCGGGGGGCGGGGGGGAGCCUGGGCGGAAAGGGGAGGCGAGGGGGAAGGGAGACACCGGGGGAAAGGAAGACGCGGGGGAGAAGGGAGAGGCGGUGGGGAAGGGAAAAGGGGCAGUGAGGAGAGAUGCGGUGAGAGAGGGGAAGGGGGAAGCAGGUGUUGGUGAUGUGAGGCCGGGUGGGAAGGGGGAUGCGGAUGAGAAGAGGGAAGAUGGGGCGGUUGGAAGCAGUGCUGGUGACUUUGCCCGUGGAAAUGGGUCUGAAGCUGCUCUGUGUGUCAACCAGGCUGCCGCAUCCACCGCUGCCGCUGCUGCUGCGCCCGCCACCACUGCUGCUGCGCUCGCCGCCUCUGCUGCUGCGCCUGCCGCCUCUGCUGCUGCGCCUGCCACCACUGCUGCUGCUCCUGCCACCACUGCUGCUGCUGCUGCUGCUGCUGGAGGGGCCGCCGCUGUGGUUGCUGGUGUUGCUCCGGCGCCUCAGAAACAGACAGCUGUCUUUGGGGAAUGCUCGCUCCCCCCUUGCGCCGAGGCCCCUGCCCCUCCGCCCUGCGCCGCACCCCCCGCUGUUCCGCCUUGCACCAAGCUCCGCCUGGAGUCCCCCGCUCCCGCUGCUGCUGCCUCCGUGCCCCAUGCGGAUGACGUCAGCCCUAGCGAGGUUCCCAGUCCCAACGCUGCUGCUUCUGGGCUAGGGGCAGGCAGAGGGGCAGCAGAGAGGGAGGAUGGGGAGAAGGACGGGCAGGUGAACGGGCAUGCGAGGGAGUCGAUCAAUGGGCAGGCGAAUAGGGCUGUGGAUUUGACUCCAGCGGGGAUUGGGAAGGGCAGGGACGGGGAGUGUGCACAAGCGAGGGGGAGGAGGGGGAGGAGGGUCAGGGGGCGGCGGAUCAGGCGGAGGGGGGUCAGGCGGGUGGGGAGGUGGCGGAAGCUGGGGAGGGGGGAAGGCGGGAACUGGUGGGAGGGGAGGGGCAGCAGGCGGAGGGGGGGAGGGGGAGGGGGAGGAGCAGGAGGCGGGGGCGGGGGCGGAGGCGGGGGUAGUGGGGGGAGUGGCAACGGCACUGGCGGUGCUGGGGAUGGGGGAAAAGAGGGCGGCGGAGGGGGAGGGAGAGGAGGGAGGGGUGGGGAUGCGGCUAGUGAGGAGGAGGAGGAGGAGAACCGAGAGCGGAAGGGCGGCAGGAAGGCCGGCAACGGCAAGGGGGGUGGCAGGAGAGGCGGCAACAACAGGGAGACGAAUGGGGGUGGGAGGGACGCCAAUGGUGGGAGCAGCAGUGAGGAUAGCCAGAAUGACCCUGAGGAUAAUGAUGAGGAGGAUGACGAGGAGCGGGAGGAAGACGAGGAGGAGGAGGAUGAGGAGGAGGAUGGGGAAUCGGACGGUUCAGAUGAUGCGAGCAGCCCCAGGCGCAGCAGCAGUGCCAGCAGCGGCGGCGGCAGCAGCAGAGGCAGCAGCCGGAAGAGCGAGGAAGAAGAGGAAGGGGAGGGAGAGGAGGAGGGAGAGGAGGAGCAGAAGAAGCAGCAGAAGCAGCGGAGGAGCCUGGCUGCUCCUCGGAAUGUAACGCAUGGCAGGCGAGCGUCAUGGGGGGCGUGGGAAGAGAGCAGCGAGAAGGGGGGCAGCAGAGACAAAGGCAGGGGAGGAUCGGCUUUCAGCGACCGGGGAGACUGGGAUAGGGAGAGAGAGAGGGAGGGGGAGAGGGAGGGGAGUCCGGAUGUGGGGGGAGGGAAAGCGUGGCCGAAUGAGGUUCCUCAGGAGGGCAGCAGCGCCAAAGGAGGGCUGCGAAUAAACCACCACAGAGCAGGCGGCAGGGCGUCUGACGGCUCGCUUUUUGGAGGAGACACGUCGCCGGUGAUUCCCGUGCCUUCCAAGGAGGCUCGGCAGCCGCGAUCGCAGCUGGUUUGCCACCCUAGGAAGUUCCCGAAGCUGGCUUUAGCGGGGAUAGGCGAGAGAGAGGGAGGGGAGGAGGGAAAGGGGGAGGGGAAGGCGCAGGAGAGGGGAUGGGUGAAGGGGAAGGGAUUGGGGAAGGAAAAGGAAGGGGAGAAGAGGGUGGGGAACCGGAAUGGGCAGGGGGGGGAGCAUGAGGCUGAGGGAGAGGGGGUGAAGGGAGUGGGGAAGGAGAAAGAGAGAGAUAGAGUGAGUGAGAUUGAGAAACAGAAGAAGCGGGAGAAGGAGAGAACGAGGGAACGGACCGUUGCAGAGGAGUGGGGAGUGGUGAAAGACAAAGUGAAUGAGUGGGGGACCGGGAAAGGCAGGGUGAAGACAGAGGGGGUGGCGAGCGGAGAGUGGGAGAAGGCGAAGACGAGGGAUAGGGAGAAGGAGUGGGAGAAAGGGCUAAAGGCGGGGUCGAUUGAGAGGGAGGCAGAGAACAGAGCGAACGUGAAGGAAGGUACAGAAGCAGGCGGGCACAUGGCGUGGGCACGACCCUAUGAGAGGGCGAGGGAUCCGUUGGAGGACGUGGGGCGGGGUAAGGGAAAGGAGGUCGGCAAAGAGGGAGGGGUGGGUGAUGAGAGGGUGAAGGGAAGGGCUUUUCUAGAGCGUGAGAGAGUGGUGGAGAAGUCGGUUGCUGAGGUGAGUCAGGAGGCGUUUGAGAGAAGUACGGAGAGAGAGAGGGAGAAGGAUAAAGUGGGAGAGAGGGAGAAGGACAAAGAGAACGUCCGAGGGAGACUAAAGGAUGAGGGGGAUAAGGAGAGGGGGGAUAAGAGCAAGCAGGACGAGCGAAAAGGGGAGAAAGGGAAGGUGAAGGGCCCAGAGAACCACGCGUCACGGAUUGGGGGGGCGGCGGAUGCUUGGAAUGUGCUGCGGAAGAAAAAGGACAAGUUUGAAGGCUUCCUGGGCGCCAAGCAGCAGCGGGAUAACCUAGUGUCGAAUCCGUUAGUGUCACAUCCGUUAGUGCCUCGUGCUACUGUAACUCCUCAGGUGGAGGGGAAGCGGUGGAGGAAGAAGGGUGUUGUGGCAGGGCGAGUGCGGAGCGCAAUAGACCAAGACUCGAUUGAGGAUAUCCUGCCAGAUGACCUUAAGGAUCGUGAUAUUAAGGAGGGGGUCAGACGAGAGAGCGCUGUGAAAGGUUUGGAGGGGAAGGAGAAGGGGAAGGAGAAGGAGAGGGAGAAGGAGAAGGAGAGGGAAAGGCAGAGGGAGAAAGACAGUGAGAGGGGAGUUAAAGGUGGGGAGUCAGGCGUGCUUCCCGGCGGCUUAAAGGCUAGCUGCAAGCGCAAGCGGAGUGCCGAACGGAGCUUCUCGGAAGGUGCUGCUGUGGUGCGGGCGGUUAGCUGUCACGCUGGUAACCAUGCGCAGAGCAGUAACCUCGGCCACACUAGUAACCACAUGCACGCUGGUAACCUCGCUCACACCAGUCACAAUGUGCACGCUGGUGAUCACACUCAGGCUGGUAACCACGCUCAUGUGGGUAACCACACUCAAGCUGGUAACCACACUCACACUGGAGCAGAUGGCACAGCAGUAGGAGGUGGUGCUGUUGUGAGAGCAGCAGUAGAGGUUAGGGAAGGAGGCGAAGCAAUGGGGGUGGGGCGGGUGGGAAGAGCACCGGGUAUACCAAGGGCUAGAAGCACAGACGCGUUUGCACUGCACAGGAGUGCGGAGGGGGGUGCAGCAGGGAGUGCGGAGGGGAGUGCAGCGCACAGGAGGUUUGAGGGGAAUGCGGGCCCUAUUUCGCCUAGGUUCAAGAGCAGGAGGGCGGAGAGCGGCAGUGGUGCUGCUGGCAGCGGCGGGGGCGAGAGGGAAGCGAUCCGUGCGUCCAUGAGCCCCGCGGGGAGGGGACUCAGCAGCAGCGCGUCGUCUUGGGGCGAAGGGAUUUUCUCAAAAAGGCCUAAACAGCCAGAUGGCGUCAUUCUCUCGCCGAGACACUCUAAAGGCACGGAAGCACCAACCACCCUCCCAACCACCCUCCCAACCACCCUCCCAACCACCCUCCCAGUCACCCUCCCAGUCACCUCCCAUUUGCACUCGCCCGCUGUUCUAAACGCCACCCACUGCUCGCACCCUGUGGUGGCUACUCUCUCCUCACUGUCUCCUGUCUCUGGAAACAGCUUCCCUAGUGAGGCGAUUCAAAGCGUACCUGCUCCUGCUGACUGCUCCCCCCGUGCCACUGCUGACUGCUCCCCCCGUGCCACUGCCGCUGCAGCAGCGCUGGCUCUUGAUAUGUUUGCUGCUGCUGCUGCUGCUGCUGAGGCGGGUGGGAGGGCAAGCAGGGAUGAGGGUGGGGCGGGUGAUAGUGAUAGCGGUGGCAGCAGCAGCAGCCGCAGCAUCAGCCGCAGACGAAAGAAGGAGCAGCGGUGGAGCAAAGAAGGGAGGAUGGUUGGAACAGCGGUGGGUGGGCCUGCAGUGGAAUCUACACCGUUGGAUCGGCUGGCCUUGCUGUCAGAUGCACAGCCACGUGUCCAUGAGGAUUCCCUAGGGCGGCAGGCUGUGACGGGGAUAGAGGCCAGGGUACAGGGGCUAAGGGACGAUGGGGAUGAUAGUGGUCAGGCGCUUGUGCAGCUAAGUGCGGGUGCUGCUCAGUUAAGCGCCGGUGGAGCCGGCAUAGACCAUGCAUUUUGGAGUCCAGGUGUAGGUACUGUGGGUGCUAGUGCAGUAGAGCUAGAAGGGCGAGGAGUAGGAGACGGAGUAGGAGAAGGAGGAGGAGAAGGAGGAGGAGGAAGGAUAGGAGGGGUAGAGGGUAGGAGCGAGAACAUUGGGAAUGAGGAACAAAGGAGUGAUACUGGCGAUUAUAUGUCCGGGUUAGACCUUAUAGCAGCCGAGGCAGCGGAGGUGCUUGCAGUGAGGCUGCUUGUAUCGGGUAUGCAGCCUGAACGGGCGGCAAGCCCGUCUUUAACAGCGUUAGUAGAAGCAGCGAUGCAGCCUUGUAGGGGGGACAGUACGGCAGGGGGCAGGGCGGAUAGCGGAAGGGCGGAUACAGCUGGAGAGGCCGUUGUGGGGUGUGGUCCGAGCCGGGAUACUGACCUGCAGCAAGGGGGGCCGAGGAGUGAGCUAGACACGGCUGUGGGGUGGGACAUGGAGAAAGCUGCUGGGUGCCAGUCGGCUUGGAGUCAAGGGGCGGCUGAUGUGGAGAGGGCAGAGACAGGGCAGGCGGGGGGAGAGCGAGGGACCAGGGGGGCGGGAGGGCUGGGGGCCAAGGAAGAGUCAAUGGGCUGGCAUGGCUUGGAGACGGGGUUACAAGGAGGGUUACCAGAGGGAGGUUCUCAACAAGGUAAAGGGCUGCAGGACCCCCCAAGGCCGAAGCUGAGGAUAGUGGACUUGAAUGUGUCUUGGAGGGAAGAGGAUGAGGAGGAGGAGGAGGCGGGAGAGACUGUGGAGAUGGUUCGGGCACCCUCCCCACAACCAGCAGCAGCAGCAGCUACACUAGUGGAGGCAGGUGCGACUGUUGCAGCACAGGCAAGAGCAGCCGGAACAGCCGGAGCAGCAGCAGCACCACCACCACCAAGAGCAGCAGCAGGUGCAGUGGGUUGCAGAGCGGUGGAUCGCAACAGCUCUGAUCGUGUACAUAGCGAGGACGACGCGGGUGGUACUCAGGUGUCUCCCUUUGAGACGGCGACGAGCAACAGUGAGGGCACGCUGGGGAGCGUGGCAGCGGCUGCGGUGCUGUCAGCAGUGGUCGGUUCGGCCAAUGCUGUGGCCGCUCCUGCUGCUGUUGCCCCUGCAAGUGCUGAUGGCACCGCUGCACCUGGUGCUAGUGCUGGUGCUAACGCCGGUGUUGGUGUUGGUGCUACUGCUACUGCCAGUGCUUGUGGCGGUGCGCCUAACGCUGCUGCAGCUGCGUCUGAGAGCAAGGUCCCUGGCCUCGCUGCCUCUGCUUCGCUCCUGAACGAAAUCACGCUUCCCAGCGUCCCUCUCUUGGUGUCCUGUAGCUCGGGAGGGGCAGGAUUUGACGUGCCUCAAAACGCAGGCUUGGGAGGGAAGGGGAGGGGCGCGGAGGAGCAGCGGAGGGUUGAGGGGGAGUGGGGAGGGGUUGGGAAGGAUGGAGAGGGACGUGAGGUGAAAGGAGAGUGGGGUGGGAAGGCGGAGGGCUUUGAGAAGGAGGAGGAGAGUGAGAAGGGAGAGGGGAAUGGGAAGGGAGAGAUGGUGGAGAAGGGAGAGGGAGGGAGAGGAGGCAAUCUGGAAGGGGCGGUGAAGAAAGAGAGAGGGGAGAAGAGGAAGAGGGAGAAGAGGGAGAAGGGGGAGAGGAGGGACAAGAGAGAGAGAAGAGAGAAAGGGGAGGAGAAGAAGAAGGAUAGGGAGCGAGGCGAGAAGGGGGAGAGGAGAGGCAAGGGGGAGAGGGAGAAGAGGCACAAGGACAAGGGGGAGCGGGCCAAGGGAGAGAGGGGAGAAAGGGAGGCGGAGAGAGGGGAGAGAGGGGAGAGAGGGGACGGGAAAGAAGUGGAGGGGAGGAGGGCGGAGCGUGUAGAGGUUGAGGCUGGGGGGAGGAGGGCGAAAGCUGAGAGGGUGAAUGCGGAGAGGCAGGAGGCUGCGAAACAGGAGGCAGAGAGGUCUCCCCUGCCUGGGCUGAUCCUGGGAGUGGAUGUAGCAGCUGGGGUUGGGCAAUCAGCAGCUGGGGUUGGGCGAUCAGCAGCUGGGGUUGGGCAAUCCGAGCCUGCGCACGUCGAGAAGGAAGCGGAGGGAGAGGAGGGGGGGGCAGAGAUAGGGGAGAAGGUGAAGGAGGAGACGAGAGCGGGGGAGGAGGUGGCGGUGGGGAAGCAAGGGGUGGUUGAAAAUUCGAGGGAGGAGAGUUGGUCCAAGCGAGAGGGCAGGACAAGGGAAGGGGGGUUGGCAGCGCUAAAGACUGCGACAAUGGAAGAGGGGAUGGUGACAGAUGAAGUGGUGAAGAAGGAAAGGUUGGAGGAGGGAGAGGGAAUGGGGAGAGACGAGGGAAUGGUGUGUUGGAAUGAUGACGCGCUGUCGGAUGUGAGUGAAGACCCCGAUGAUCUGGACACUGGAGGUGCUGCAGAAGUUGGGGGAGUUGGGGAGAGCAAACCUGCUGACACGAGGCCUGACAAUGACAAUGGGGAGAGCCAGCAUGCGGGGGAGGAGAGUAGGCCUGAUGACGGUGGGGGUCAGGAGAGAUUGGUGCGUGUGAGGAGUGAGCCUGAAGCUUCAAGAGAAGAUGCUGCUUUUGAAACAGAGGCACAAGGGGAGGCUGGGGCUGAAGCUGCCUUGCAGGGGGAUACUUCAGUGCAGGCCCAGGCUCGGCAGAAAGCUGCAUUCUCUGAUGUUACCGAACCUGAUCCUUCCGAGCCUCAAGUUUCUGAGCCUAGCUUUGAGGCGCCUCAGAACGGGCCGCAUGCUUCCGAACCUGACACGACAGAUAUGGAUGGUUCCGAAGCGGCUGCUGUCACCGAAGCUAUGGAAGUGGAUGCUCUGGUGCUGAGCCGACUCAAGCCUGCACUUUCAGAUGUUACCGAACCUGAUGCUGCCGAGCCUGAUGGUUCCGAACCUGACGCUAUGGAUGAGAUUUCCCCUCUUCACGUGCUUCCGGACUUGGAGGCAGCUUCAGCUCCAGGCUCGGCUGCUUCAGCGUUAGGUUCGGCAAGCAAAGGCCUUUCCUCUCCAGGUUCGACCAGCAAGGCCUCCUUGACUCCAGGUUCGGCAACCAGGCCUAGCCGGAAGGUUCGGAAAGAGCAGGGGGAGAGAGUGGGGGAGGAGGGAACAGGGGAAUUGGGGAUGGCAAAAAGGAUUGGUUUAGAAGAGGAGGAGAAGAGUGAGGAGAGAGAGGGGAAGGCGAAGGAGCGUGAGAGUAAGAGGGAGGAAGUGAAGGGGAAGGGUAAGAAGGAAGAGAAGAGAGAAGGGGAGAGGAAGAGGGAGGGGGAGAGGGAGGGGUAUGGGAAGGGACGGCCUCACAGGAGGAACUCGAGCUCUUCCUUUGACCUAGGGCGAGAGAAGCGCGAUGAAGGCCCAAGGGAGAAGGGAGAGGAGGGCAAUAGGGAGAGGGGGGAAGACAGCAAGAGGGGAAAGGGAGAGGAAAGUAAGAGAGACAAGGGGGAAGAAAGCAAGAGAGGGAAGGGGGAGGAAAGUAAGAGAGAGGAGAGUGCAGAGAGGAGGUCCGGGAGCGAUAAGCGGGAGGGGAGCAGAAGGAGUGGGGAGAAGGGGAGAGUGCGGAUGAACAGUGUGGAGGCUGGAGGGGACGAGGACAGUGAGGAGGGGGGGAUCGGCAGGGGGAGUAGAGAGGAGAGGAGUGGAGUGGGAGGGAGAGAAGCGAGGGAAGGGUCAGGUGGAUGGGAGAGGGAGAGGGAGAGGGAGUGUAUGUUGGGAUUGCGUGGAUCCUGGAGGGAAGGGGAGGAGAAGGAGAGAGGGAGGGAGGGGAGGGAGGCGAGAGAAGGGAGAGAUGCACGGGAUUGGAGAGAGGGCAGGGAGGGGAGAGAAGGGAGGGAAUUGAGGGAGUGGAGGGAGGGCAGGGAGGAGUGGGAAGGAAGGGACGGGAGAGACGGGAGAGACGGAAGGGACAUGAGAGAGGGAAGAGACAGCGGCAGGGAGAGGGAUGGCAGCCGGGAGAUGAGGGAGGGGCGAGAAGGGAGGGAAGGGCGAGAAGGAAGAGAAGGGAGAGAAGGCAGAGAAGGGCGGCGGGAAACAGGCUUCAGCGAUUGGCCGUUGGACCCGCCUCUCGACUCCGACGGCUUCCCUCUGCCCAUGGACCCCGCCCUCCUCUCUCGAUCCUCUGGCAGUGGUGCUGGCAGCGCCACGUGGCGCGACGGCCCCAGUCCCAGGCUCCCAGGGGGAGGGGGAGGAGGUGGCAUGGGCGGAGGGGGCAUGCGCAGGAGCCCUGACCGGGAGCAGGGCGUUUGGGGGAGCAGCUGGGGGGGGAUGAGCCCUGCUGUUAUGGCUGCUGCUGCCGCCGCCGCCGCUGCUGCUGGGAUGCCUGCAGGUUGGAUCGGGCCUCCAAUGGGGCCGCGACACCUGGCGGCGCGUCGUGCGACUGCUGCUGUGGCAGCGGCAGCGGCUGCUGGGGGGAUGGGGAUGAGGGGAGGGCCUAUGGGGCCGAUGGGUGUGGGUAGAGGGGGAGCAGGAGGGAUGGAGGGAUUGCCAGAGAUUCACAGAAGAGGCGAGCAUGUGGGAGGGGGAGGGCCCAUCCGGGGGAGGCAUAGCCUGCGGGAAGCUGCCGCGCUUCGCCGCCCGGAGCAUCUGGUGGGCGGCGGGUUCGGCCGAGGAGGAGGCAUGCAUGAGGUUUGGCGGAGGGACGGGUGGAGGGAGGGAGGCAUGGGGUUAGGCCCGGGAGGCCCCGGACCUGGGAUUGGGCCUGGGAUGAGGAUGGGUGGCGCGUUUGGCGGGUAUGGAAUGGGCCCCGGACCAGGAAUGCCGUUUGUUGGGGGAGGGGGUAUGUAUGGGGGCGGGCCGGGGGGAGGGGGAGGUGGUGGUUCUGAGUGGGGCUCACCUGUAGGGGUGGGGUCUAGUGGGAGGAAGCAGGCAAGUGGAGGCGGAGGGGGAGGAGGCAGUGGAGGUAAGGAGAUGUUACGAUCUGCUAACGGCCACCGUCGAUAGAGUUGGGUUAGGAAUUCCCUGACUGGUAUGUCCCAUGCUACUGCAAUUGUGAGCUACAGUGCCUCAACUGGAGUUGGUACUUGGAAGGCCCUCCUUUGGAGUUCCCUAGGGCUCUGAAUCGUGUUAAGUACAUUCCUAACAUAGGUACUAGAUUUGCUUUUCUACUUCUGAGGUUGAUUUGCUCUAGCAUUUCUUGUGUUAUAGAAUGUUAUAGUACGACCUACCGUAAACACAGCUGGUUAGAAGACCCCCUGGUUGUGGUUAAUGUUACUCUGC